AGUAGUUCCGUUGCUCUCACAGGAGAUGCAGAGCUGGUUAAUGAAGUGAUGCCUAGUUAGUACCAGUUAGUGAGGUGUUAUCACUGGUUAGGGAAGUUGGCAUUAGUUAGUGAGGUUAAUACUGGUUAGGGAAGUUAGCAUUAGUUAGUGAGGUGUUAUCACUGGUUAAGGAAGAGAUAAUUAGUUAGUGAGGUGUUAUCACAAAGGGGAUAUCCAGCCAAUGAGAGAAUAUGCAGUUAGUGAUGGAGUAGGGGGACUGGUGACUAGUUAGAGCAAUGUUGGUUAUUACUAGUAGGCAACUAGCCAGUGAAGGAUUAUGUAGGUAGUUAGUGAGGAAUCUACAGCUUGUUAUUGAAGGGUUGGUUGGUUGUUGAUAAUCACAUUAUGAGGGAUCCUGAUUAGUCAGGGCCUGGUUACUGGGAAGUGAGAGACAUUACCACAGGCUGUGCUGCUAGUUAGUGGAGGGAGAGGGUGUGGGCCUAUACCAAGCCGCUAUGUCUGAGCGUGAUGAGAGGCGGUACGUGGAGCUGAGUAAGGAGUCAGUUAAACUGAUGGGUGAGAGUGUGGGGCUGGAGCUGGGUGAUGAGGUCAGUGCUCUGCUGGCUGAGGACGUGUGUUACCGACUGCGAGAGACUGCCCAGAACAGCACCCAGUUCAUGAGGCAUGCCAAGCGAAGGCGCCUGACCGUGGAGGACUUUAACCGGGCGCUGCGAUGGGCCAAUGUGGAGCCUGUGUGUGGCUACGGGGCCCCAGACGUGCUCCCGUUUCGCUCGGUGAAGGACGGAGAACUCUUUGUCAUGGAGGAUCGUGAGGUCAACCUGGUGGAGCUAGCCCUGGCAACCAACAUCCCCAAGGGCUGUGGUCAAACUGUGGUGCGAGUUCAGGUUUCCUAUUUAGAGAAUAAAGCAAAUGAGGAGUCUCAGGGAGCGGUUCCUGUGGCAGUCUCCAAUCUCUCUGAUGAUCUCUUGAAAUAUUACCAACAGAUUACCCGGGCAGUGCUGGGGGAUGAUCAGCAACUCAUGAAGGUCGCUCUCCAGGACCUUCAGUCGAAUUCGAAGAUCGCUGCUCUGCUUCCUUACUUUGUCCAUGUGGUCAGUGGGGUUAAGUCGGUCAGUCAUGACCUGGACCAGCUGAACCGCCUUCUCCACAUAGUGAAGAGUUUAAUCGGUAAUCCCUACCUCUACCUGGGGAACUACAUCAGGAGCCUGGUCUCCAGUGUCAUGUACUGUAUUCUGGAGCCUCUUGCAGCCUCGAUAAACCCGUUAAACGAUCACUGGACCCUAAGGGAUUAUGCAGCAUUGCUCCUGACACACAUCUUCAGGUCAGAACCUGCUUUCCGAUCUGAUGUUUCUCUGACUUUCAGGCAGCUCAUUAAAGACCCAGAUCACAGUUUUAUAAAAUCACAAGACAGGAGGAGGCCACUGACUUGGUAAUGUGUACGGUAACUCCGAGUGUGGGA